AUGGGUCUACCGUGUCCAGGUUACAAGGUCCCUAUAGCCCGCAUUUUCGAGUAUCGACCGCCGUCCGUCCUCCACUUCGAUUGCGAGUUGGACAAAACAAGAUACGAGUACUUCGUCCAAGUUGGGAGUAAGAUUUUGGCGACAUUCCAGCUCAACUCGAUGCCCUUCUGGACACGCCUCGCACCCCAGCUAGGUCUUCGCCAUGCUGCUGUUCGACACGGCUUGACUGCCCUGGGUGCUCUCCAAGCUCCCUUCCACAAUAUCACAUUGGCGGCUGAAAUGCAAGCACAACCACGUCCCGAGAUCUCGGCGCUGGCCAUGUCACAUACGCACAAGGCAAUACGCCUGGUUCGGACUGCCGAUCCCGCAACAUUGCCGACUGAGGUCUCGUUGACCUGCUGUUUGUUGUUUCUGGCGAUGCAGUUCUGGAUUGAGAAGACGUCUUCAGCCACCAUGCACAUUAUGGCGGCGUAUCGUAUCCUGCAAGAGAGGUUUGGCUCCGACGCAUCUUCAUGGGUCGAUUCUCGGGACAUGCCCCGCGAUUUCGCUACUACGUUUAUUCCGUCGCUCAACGAGCUCAUCAACCAUGCCUGCACGUUUUCGGACGACUUUCCCCCGCCUGGGUCAGGUAUCCCGGAAAACUAUCAUCUCGACUAUGACGUGGGUCAGAUAUCCAACAUUUCAGAUGCGAGGAGCGCUCUUGAUGGGGUCGACCGGCUCCUUAAAUGUGUUUUGCGAGCAACCUCAACGCCUGGAACGUCACAAUCCCUCGAAAAGAAGAUUGUUCUGGCAUUCGACUGUCUGGAUCGCAAACUACAGGCACUGCACCACACGAAUGUCCUCUCAGAAGAUGGGUUUGAUUAUGUCCACCUCUGCCUUCACCUCCGGGUGGCCAACGUAAUGUUUUGGACGACUGGACAGCCUGACGAGACAGGGUUUGACGCAUUUCACGUCGACUUUGAGUUCAUCGUGAGCUGGUGCCGGAAAAUCAUACAUCUGGACGCUGCUGGUCCUCGAAGAAAGCAGAGCGUCUUGAGUCCGAGUCUUGGGGUCUUAUCCCCUUUGUUCUUCGUGGCAACUCGGUGUCGAGAAUCGAGGUUGCGUCACGAAGCGCUCAGCCUCCUGCACGAUGCAGGUGUCUUUUCCCCUGAGAAAUUCCAGGGAAACCCCUUGGCCGUCGUUUCCGUGCACGGGAACGCGCUCUCCCAAAAACGCAAGGCGCAGAUCGCAAGGGAGUUCAAGUUCUCCGAGACGGCCUUUUUGCAUGAUGCUCCCGGUCCCGGUCAGCCCCGGCUACUGGAGAUCUUCUCGGAGACUGGGGAGGAGUUGCCUUUUGCCGGUCAUCCUGUUAUCGGAGCAGCAUAUUAUAUAUUCAGCUAUCUCGAGAGAAUGCACUACGGCGGCCCCGCCGAUCGAGACACUCAAAAGCAGACCGCCAUGCUGCUGACGAAGGCCGGCCGUAUACCCAUCUUUUUCAAUCCUUACCGUCAAGUGGCUGCCUGCGCAGUCCCCUUCAACUUCCACAUUCACGCUCAUCGCGUUCCGAUCAACAAUAUCAUCUCCACACAACCGCAUAUUCAAAUCGUCCCGACAAUCGACAAGGAAAGGGACAAGACCUUUCCUCUAGUCUCGAUUGUCAAGGGCAUGUCCUUUGUCCUCGUCGACCUCUCUGACAAUGCCGAGAUUUUUGGCGCCUUGCAGGCAGCCAAGUCGCCAGAGGUGGAGCUGGAUGCUAAGUGGUCACCGAGUUUCGUGGGAUGUAUGUAUUAUAGAGUCCUCGCAAAUUCGGAACAGCCUGGGGAACCAGCUAUCCACAACAUUCAAGCAAGGAUGAUUUCUCACGGCAUUGAGGAUCCGGGGACUGGGAGUGCGUGUUGCGCUCUGGCUUGUUAUCUGGCAUUGGGCAGCCCAGGCCCAGGUACUUCAUCGGAGUCGGAAAAACCUGCGGAGGAGGCAGCGGGCAACGGAAAAGACGAUUCCGAAAUCGCAAAGAAAACAGAGGAACUGAAGCUGGGAGAGGCAAAGACUGAGAGGAAAGUAUUUGGCAUCCAACAGGGAGUAGAAAUGGGGAGGCUGAGCACCAUCGCAGUCGAGGUGGACGUCAAGACCAAUGCACAAGGGAAGAAGAGCAUCGCGAAUGUGAUUCUAUCGGGCAGGGCGAAUUUGCAUCUGAAAGGGGAAAUUCUGGGUUUCUAA